GCGAGUGAUGGUGCCAUUCAGUACCAGGCACGAACACACACACGAAGAACAAAACAACACGACUGACACACAGGCAGGACGUGCUGUGUCCCUUGUCCCUCUCUCUCCUGUGUCAGGGCUGCUCCCCUCCCCCCACGUCCCAACACGUCCCCAUCUGCCCUCUCUUGACUUGGCCUCUCAUCGCCGUUGAGCCAGUUGCCGUUUGUUGUCCGUGCCGGGUGGAGGUGAAGGCGCGGAACCGUUGUUGUCCACCCAGUCAUGUCGCGCCAUUCAAGUACAAAGCGGGCGGACCUGGAAGUGUAUGUGUCAGAGGGCGAACCACAGCACAACGUUCACCUCCCGGAAACCUUUGAGCCUCGCAGGCUCAAGGCUGAUGGCAGUCACCCAGCUGCACCAUCGAAGCAGAAAUCACAGCGCAAGGAUGAUGCCCUCCGCGCGCUCUUCAACAGCGUCUCCACCAAGGAUGGCAAGCGCGUGUAUGCGGACGGGCUUCGCGUGAUCAUCUCGAAGCUCAUGUGUGCCACUCCGAUCAGCACGUUUUUCGGUGCAUCGCCACGUGAAGUGUCAGAGGAACACGCAUACCGCGUCAUGUCAUUCCUAGACAGGAGAUCCGCCGGCCACCUCACCAUGGAAGACUUUUGUGAAGCGCUGGAUGUGUGUGUGCGCGAUGACGGACAGCCGAGCAAAUUCCACCACAGCCUGCUGAUGGCGGAUGCACUUGCGCUGCACGAACACAAUCUCGAUCUUGAGGAAGAGGUGGAGUCCCUCAAGGAGACACACGCAGCAGAGAAGGCAAAGCUGACAAAGCAGGUUGAUUCCCUGCGGCAGGAGCUGCUCGACCUCGAGCAGCAAAACACGGAUGUGCUCGAUGAGGCCGACACAGAGAUGAACAACUUGCAGCGGCAAAACAUGUUCCUCAAGACAGAGCUUGUGCGCGCCCGCAGCCAUCAAAAUCUUGCUGACCAGCUCGCCCCGGAUGACGGCGAGAACGACAUGAGCGUCUGCAGUUUCGACCGCCGCGACUCUGCGGAGAGCAUUGGUGUUGUAUCGCAGACAUCGGAGCUGGAUGCACUCCGCGACGAAAUCGCCACGCUCACGGAGCAACUUGCACAGCUGAGCGACGAGUUGGUGGAGGAAAAGUCGCGUUCCACUGAUUUGCAGGACCAGCUCCUCGCCGCAUCUGAAGCGCUUCAGCGUGCAGAGCACAAGAACACAUUGGCGGAGACGCAGCUCUCCUCACUGACCGCAGACCUCAAUCGCGUCACCGCAGAGCUCAAAGACCUCAAGGCACGGCCAAGUCGCACUAGUCUCGACAUCUCAGGCAUGAACUACGCAAUGGCGCUUGGGAUUGAGCUACAGGUUGAGGCGAUGCGAACCGAGAACAGCAACCUCAAGAAGGAGAACACAGACCUGAAGCAGAGGCUGCUGGAACACGAGGCCACCGCUCAGGAGAAACAGAAGGAAUUGGAGGCGACUGUGGCCAAACUGCGAGCGCAAAUGGUUGAGAUGGAGAAGAGGCAUGCGGUGGAGGCAGAGGCCACGCAAGACGAAGUGAAUGUGCGUUUGUCACGCAAGAAUGAGGAGCUGCGGGAACAGCUCAAGACACAAGCCAAGGAGGCCACGGCACGACAGAGGGACAUGGAACUGCGAGUGAAGAUGUUGCGGGAGCAGCUUGCACAGACCGAAAAACAGCUGAAACAAGCAGAUGCCUCAGCGUCCACCAUCAAGCUUGAGGUCCAGUCCUUGCGCGCUCGCUUGAGAGCUCGUGAGGACGCGGGAACGCAAAUCGCCACUCUGCAACAAGAGCUGAAGACAGCAACAGCAGACAAGCACAAGCUUAGCUCGUGUGUUGAGCAACUGCACGCAAAGCUGAGGAAUGCGGAGUUUGAGCAAACGAAGCAAGCGCAGCACAUCCAAGCACUGGAAGCGGACCAGCGCGCGCAAACGCGGGAGCUGGAGCGGUUGCGGCGGCAGAGCAGCCGGUGGGGCGACCAGCAACAGCAGCAACGGCAUCACCACCAACAGGAAGCACGAGAACACGAGCAGAUACAGCGUACACCCAAUCCGCGAUGGCCGGCAAGACAACAGCAACAGCAACAACAACAUGGUUCCGUGGGCGAGCCUGUGUAUGAUCAGGGGAGAAAGGGGAGACGUGGGCGGAUCUCAUUAGUAGCAGGAAAGAGCACAGCAGAUGUGCGCGAGCGAAGCGCUGUUGACACGCCACUGAGAGGCGGGGGGAUGGUGCGCGCUGACGACAACGAUGGCCGUGGUGGACAUGGCACUGGCAUUGGUGGUGAUACCAAGUUGACGGAAGAGAUGCUGAAGCUGAGGGAAGACAACCUGCGGCUGCAGGAUGUGGUGACUGCUCUCAAACGCGUGCAGACGGAUCUCAUGGGAGAGGUUUCGCGGCUUCGCAAGUUGUUGUCGAUGCACACAAAUCUGCAGGAGCAACCGAAGCAACUGCUCAAAUUGGACGACGUGCUGGAGAGCGUGUCAAAGAUUCGCCAGCAACAGCGAACAGCAGCCCUGGAGCAGAUGGAGGACUUGGCUGCCAUCAACCGCACGCUGCAGGGUGCAUAUGCCCGCUCCCGGAUGGCGUCACAGUCGUUCACGGCCGAUCGGUUUGCAUCAUCGUCCGAGACGGAUGUUUAUUCCACCGAGAGCAACAGUCCUACCGCCGAUGCAGCUUCGGUGUAUGGAGGCGACUUGUAUGGUGGACUCGUUCGAGAAACAGGUUUUCAGCUGUCUCCCGCGCAUGCUGAUCCAGUCUCCUUUGACGUCGUUUGUCAUCCGUCCACGGCAGCAUACACAUUUGGGCUGCAGGGUCCAUGCCGCCUUGUGCUCUCUGAGAACGACGUGCGCAUCCAGCACAUGUCAACACGACGCCAGCACGCGUGGCCCUGGCACAGCAUCGCCAGGCUUGUGCGAGACGAGGCGUACGUGAGCUUACUCGUGGACGGUGUUGACGGACGGGAACUCGAGCUGCUCAUGUAUUCGGACGAAGCCGAUCGAAUCGCAAAGACUUUCAGCCUCUUCGUCUAACACAUGCAUGUCUGCAACUGUUGCAUGUUCGUGCACAAGCGCUGUUGAACGCACGAGGGUUUUUUCUUCCUGUGAAUGGUAAACCCUUCGUUGUGAAAGUUGUUUCCUUGGCGUUAUCAUGGGUCGUCACACCUGUUCUUGGGGCACCUGUUACACAGUCGCACGCUGAUCCUUGAGCGUGUGCGCCUCGUUCCUUCACUGUUGUCCCUGGCUUCUGGACCUCACACUUCUUUCUGGCUGUUGUCAUUGACCCUCGUUUCUAUUUGUGGUGGCUUUGCACUUGUUCAUUUCUUGCCUCUUGUGAUCCUUGAAGGAUGCACGCUGUUGAUGUUCAACCCACGACUACACGACCUCUUUCGUCUCCAAAGCAGAAAAUACACACAAAACACAGAC